AUGUGCCGGACGCCAGCCCCAGGCCCUCCACUACUCAUGUCCAGCCCCAGGCCCACCAACAGCCCUCCACUACCCAUGUCCAGCCCCAGGCCCACCAACAGCCCUCCACUACCCAUGUCAGCCCCAGGCCCACCAGCAGCCCUCCACUACUCAUGUCCAGCCCCAGGCCCACCAACAGCCCUCCACUACCCAUGUUCAGCCCCAGGCCCACCAACAGCCCUCCACUACCCAUGUUCAGCCCCAGGGCCCACCAACAGCCCUCCUACCCAUGUCCAGCCCCAGGCCCCACCAACAGCCCUCCACUACCCAUGUUCAGCCCCAGGCCCACCAACAGCCCUCCACUACCCAUGUUCAGCCCCAGGCCCCCAACAGCCCUCCACUACCCAUGUCCAGCCCCAGGCCCACCAACAGCCCUCCACUACUCAUGUCCAGCCCCAGGCCCACCAACAGCCCUCCACUACCCAUGUCCAGCCCCCGGCCCACCAACAGCCCUCCACUACCCAUGUCCAGCCCCAGGCAGCCCUCCACUACCCAUGUCCCCAGGCCCAGCCCUCCACUACUCAUGUCCCAGCCCCAGGCCCACCAACAGCCCUCCUCCCAUGUAGCCCAGGCCCACCCCUCCAUGUCCAGCCCCAGGCCCACCAACAGCCCUCCACUACUCAUGUCCAGCCCCAGGCCCACCAACAGCCCUCCACUACCCAUGUCCAGCCCCAGGCCCACCAACAGCCUCCACUACUUCACGAUGUCCAGCCCCCAGGCCCACCAACAGCCCUCCACUACCCAUGUCCAGCCCCAGGCCCACCAACAGCCCUCCACUACCCAUGUCCAGCCCCAGGCAGGCCCACCAACAGCCCUCCACUACCCAUGUCCAGCCCCAGGCCCACAACAGCCCUCCACUACCCAUGUUCAGCCCCAGGCCCACCAACAGCCCUCCACUACCCAUGUCAGCCCCAGGCCCACCAACAGCCCUCCACUACCCAUGUUCAGCCCCAGGCCCACCAACAGCCCUCCACUACCCAUGUCCAGCCCCAGGCCCACCAACAGCCCUCCACUACCUAUGUUCAGCCCCAGGGCACAACAGCCCUCCACUGCCAGGCCCCACCAACAGCCCUCCGCUACCCAUGUCAGCCCCAGGCCCACCAACAGCCCUCCACUACCCAUGUCCAGCCCCAGGCCACCAACAGCCCUCCACUACCCAUGUCCAGCCCCAGGCCCACCAACAGCCCUCCACUACCCAUGUCCAGCCCCAGGCCCACCAACAGCCCUCCACUACCCAUGUCCAGCCCCAGGCCCACCAACAGCCCCUCCACUACCCAUGUCCAGCCCCAGGCCCACCAACAGCCCUCCACUACCCAUAUCCAGCCCCAGGCCCACCAACAGCCCUCCACUACCCAUGUCCAGCCCCAGCCCACCAACAGCCCUCCACUACCCAUGUUCAGCCCCAGGCAGGCCCACCAACAGCCCUCCACUACCCAUGUCUGUAGCCCUAGGCCCACCAACAGCCCUCCACUACCCAUGUUCAGCCCCAGGCCCACCUAG